AGUCUAUUAGAUCACUUUACGAAAGCAAAGCAAAAAAUGAGCAAAUCCGACCGCUCAAAGCUUCACAUUGCCAUGUUUCCAUGGGUUGCCUAUGGUCACAUCAUCCCCUUCCUUCAUCUCUCAAAUAAGCUUGCUCAUAAAGGCCAUAAAAUAUCAUUCCUUUUGCCUAAAGGAGUUCAACCAGAGCUUGAAAACAUGAGCCAAUUCCCCAACCUCAUUCAAUUCUUUCCUCUAGUCCUUCCUCAAGUCGAUGGUCUCUCUCCAGGUGCUGAAACCACACGUGUCGUUCCUUCGAACCAACAAAAGUAUCUUUUUUUUGCUGUUGAUCAAACAAGAGAUCAAGUUGAAUCCAUCUUCAAGGUUCUAAAACCUGAUAUGGUUUUUUAUGAUACAGGGUUUUGGAUUCCUGACUUGGCUCGCCAACUUGGGAUCAGCCCCGUAUUCUAUGUAGUGACUUCCCCGAUGAUUGCGGGGAUGAUGAUAAAACCUAAGAAACUAACCAUGGAAACGACGUUAGAAGAGGCGAUAGAAUUGCCUCCCGGUUACCCUUCUUCCACGGUGAGGUUCAAAGUUGAAGAGGCUCCUGCACUGUUGGUUAUGGCUGAGGAUGUCGGGAGUGGAUUGUCGUUACAAGAACGGAUGAACAAGAUUAUGAUAGGAAGUGAUGCCGUUGCCUUCAGGAGUCACCGUGAACUCGAGGGACCAUUUCUUGACUACUUUGCUCAAGAAACUGGGAAGCUUGUUUUAUUAUCGGGGCCUUGCUUGCCUGAAACAAAGACCCAACAACUUGAUGACAAAUGGGUUACUUGGCUAAGCCAGUUCGAGCCAGGGUCCGUUGUGUUCUGUGCAUUCGGAAGUGAGAGUGAGUUGCAGAAGGAUGAGUUCCAAGAGUUAAUUCUGGGGUUCGAGUUAUGUGGACUCCCAUUUUUGGUAGCUUUAAAGCCACCUAAAGGAUGCUCGACUGUUGAAGAAGCACUGCCGGAGGGGUUCAAAGAUAGGGUUAAAGGAAGAGGGUUGGUUUAUAGUGAUUGGGUUCCACAAAAGCUGCUAUUGAACCACCCUAACAUUGGGUGUUUCGUAAACCACUGUGGGUAUGGAUCAAUGUGGGAGUUUCUGCUUAGUGACUGUCAAAUCGUGCUGAUUCCUCAACUUCCAGAUCAAAUUCUGAACACUAGGUGGAUGGUGAAUGAUCUGAAGAUUGGUGUUGAAGUAGAGAGAGGUAAAAACAGGCAGGUCUCAAAGGAGUCAUUCAGUGAAGCUAUCAACUUUGUGAUGGACAAGGAGAAUGAAACAGCUAAGAUGUUGAGGGCAAACCAUGCCAAGCUGAAGCAAACACUUUGUAGCAGAGAUUUUCAAGAAGAAUAUAUAAACAAUUUCAUCCAAGCUCUGCAAGAUCUUGUAAAAAAGUAG